UGGUCUGCAGACUUUCACUUUCUCAGCACAGCUAUUCCAUAUUCACAUGGUUCUAAGAGAAAUGCAACCAAAAACCCCAGAAUAAAAAUGAAGCCAAGAAUUUGGGUGAAAAAGAUUAUAGAAGCGGAGAAUGAGAAAAAGAUGAAGCGGAAUCCACCAUUACAAAUGUCAGAUCCUGUUGAGACAUUGCCCCUGAUAGCAAGAAUGAAAUUAGAGAAAUCCCAAGAAUCCUAUGCAAGUUAUAUGCCAGAUGUUAUAUUGGAGGAUGGAAGAUUCAAAGGUCUUAAAGGAGAGAAGGGUAUUGUAGAUGAUGAUAAUGAACAACAGUUAGAUCCUGAAGUAAAAAAAAUCAAAUUAGAAUACCAGCGAGAAGAGCUGAGAGAACUUAAAAAAGAGAUUAGAGAGUUGGAACAAGCUCCAGAAAUAAUGCAAGAAGAAGAUUAUACAGAAUCAAUACAGAUUGAUGACUCAGUUUACCCUAAAAGAUCAAACAAAAGCAAAUUAUAUGGAGGACCAGAUCCAGAAGAACCCAUCAGUGAUGUGCCUUGCACAGGGUGUGGUGCACUUCUGCACUGUCAGGACCCUGGGGUUCCAGGGUACAUGCCCAGUCAGAGAUAUAAACAGUUGAAACCAGAAGAAAGGAAAGCUGCCCACUGUCAGCGCUGUCAUAUGAUGACACACUUUAAUUUAGCUUUGAAUGUCCAAGUUUCCCCCAAAGAAUAUCCACAGAUCAUCUCAGAACUCAAAACUCAGAAAACAUCUCUGGUGAUAUUAUUGGUAGAUUUAUUAGACCUCUCCAAUAGCUUUAUUGAUAAUUUAUGGGAUCACAUUGGCAAUCAACAUGAGUUGAUUAUACUGGGCAAUAAAGUUGACUUAUUGCCACGGGACUAUUUUGGGUGGUUCGAGAGAAUUGAGGCAUCAUUUAAGCGCCAUAUUAGAAAAGCUGGACUUAGUGAGGGAACCAUUCUUCAUACAAGGCUGAUAAGUGCAAAGACAGGUUAUGGUGUGGAAGGAUUGGUCAGCUUGAUCAUGAACAAAUGGGGAACUGAUGGUAAUGUGUACCUGGUAGGGUGUACCAAUGUUGGCAAAUCUACAUUGUUUAACAGUCUGUUGUCAUCAGAUAUGUGCCAAACCAAGGCAAGGAAUCUGAUCCACAGGGCAACCACUUCUAAAUGGCCAGGCACAACAAUAGGUACUCUAAAGUUCCCUAUGGCACGAAUCACACCAUGGAGACUGCAAUUGAGAAGUGAAAGAAUCAGGAGACAGGAGGAAAGGCUAAAGGAAGAAGAGGAACUGAGGAAAGAAAUGUGGAGAAAAUAUGGAAAACGGAAAAACCUUACUUUGACAGGUUUCAUUGGUCAAACCUUCACUACUGAAAAGCCUGUUGAAGAUGACCAAGAAAUCGAGCCAUUCGAUUGUCCACAGUAUGUGUUUAGUAAGAAAUCAGGCCUUGAAGAAACACAAAGUGGCAGAAAGUCUCUAGAAGAAAAGAAGGCACCUAAAUAUUUUGAUGAAAAUCACUACCAGAAUAGUAGAUGGUGCAUUGACACACCAGGACUUGUCAACCCAAACCAGAUCAUCAACUUAUUAUCACCUGCAGAACUGUUGGAGCUGUUGCCCAAGAAUAUGAUAAUCCCUCGCACCUUUGUUGUGAAGCCGAGAUACAGCCUGUGGCUGACUGGUCUGGGGAGGAUAGAUUAUCUGGAGGGAGAACAGCAAAUUUAUAUGACAGUCUUUGCCAAUUUCCCUUUACCAGUUGAAGUAGUAGGUCUUGAUCUUUCUGAUCAGUUUUAUAGGAAUUCAAUCAAAUCUGGGGCCCUUGGGCUUCCAUUUGGAGACAAAGACCACCUGAAUAAAAUCCCAUCUCUUGUUGGAAAAGAAAUAGACUUGACAGGAGUAGCGUUCAAUGAAAGUGUUGCAGAUAUAUGCCUGUCUAGUCUUGGUUGGGUUGCAGUGACAGCUGGUCCAUAUAUGCCAGUGAAACUGAGGGCAUAUACACCGGGAGGUUUGGGCUGCAUCGUUAGAAAACCGCUCCUCAAAUUUGCUGUUAACAACCGUGGAAGACGUAUUAGCCACAAAUCUACCUACAAGCUAAAGAAGAUGUUGCCCUGGAUGUAAUAUUGGUUUUAUAAGGUGGUUUUGAGAUCUUACUCAUGCACACAAUUUCUCCAUUUUGUACAUAUACCCAUUACAGAAACAUGCCUUUCUUGCCACAGUGGAGGAAAACACUUUUUGUUGCUGCAAAAACUUUUUAGUCACUGUUUAGUUUAAAAAAAUUGCUGAAAUCAACUCCAGAAGUUGAGUCAAGUGAAAAAAAUGAGAUUGAUUUCAAGGUUUAUAUCAGUUGUCUUUUUUAUCAUUUAGCAUGCUUGUUGCUAUAUCUAUAUUACAGCAUCUGGAAAAAUGUACUUAAUAUUGUCAAAUUUCUCUUUAACCAUGGAGUGAGCUCUCUCACAGUCAUGACCGUCUGUUAAGCCAUUGCCAAAGUCUCUGUUUGACGCCACUUAUGACAGCUUUGGAAGCUCAGUGCAGUAAAUGAUGUGUAGGCCUUAAUUAACUGUGAAGUCAAUUAGUAUUCACAAGUACGUGUUAGGGCCUUAUCAACUUGAAGGGUAAUAUUGUUAAAGCUAUCCAUGGUGUGUAUGUGAUUAAUGAUAACAGGGAUAAUGACUUGCACUCUUACUUACUAUGGAUGGAUGCUGGUUGUUAUCUUUUACUUUU